CAAGAUGUCCUGCCAGCAGAGCCAGAAGCAGUGCCAGCCUCCUCCCAAGUGCCCCUCCCCAAAGUGCUCCCCAAAGUGCCCCAGGAAGAGCACAGCACAGUGUCUGCCUGCAGCCUCUUCCUGCUGUGCUACAAGCUCUGGGGGCUGCAAUGUUCCCAGCUCUGAGGGAGGCUGCUGCCUGAGCCACCACAGGCACAGGUCCCACAGAUGCAGGCGCAGGAGCUCCAGUUCCUGUGACCGUGGCAGUGGUCAGCAGUCUGGGGGCUCAGGCUGUGGCCACAGUUCUGGGGGCUGCUGCUGACCUGGAGCAUGAUGUGGAGACAAGACAGUCUGGAGGAAUCAGCAUCCCA